AUGAUCUGUGGUGAUGAUUUUGACAAUGGAAUAAAUGACAUUGAUAAAGUGAGGUCUAAUUUUUCAGAUAGACAAUAUAUGUUUUUUCUUUGUCACUGUGAUGAUGAUAUCGUCCAUUAUAUUUGUAUGAAGAUAGGCCAGUUUUUACAAGUUCCUAUUGGAAUUUUUGCCAACAUCUUCCUGCUUCUCUUCCACAUCUUCAUGCUACUUCUGGAUCACAGACCUAAGCCAACUGUCCUGAUCAUCUAUCACUUGGCCUUUGUCCACAUAAUGAAACUCUUCACGGCAUGUUUUUUAAUGUCUACAGACCUGUUUGAAGUACUGAACACUCUAAAUGAUUUCAAAUGCACGGCUUUAUUGUGCAUGAAUAGGGUGACAAUGGGUCUCUCCUUGAGCACCACCUGCCUCCUCAGCAUGUUCAAGGCCAUCAUGAUCAGCCCUAGCACCUCCUGGUUGGCCAGCUUUAAACAUACGUGCAAAACGUACAUCUUCCAUUCUUUUAUCAUCUUAUGGUUUCUCAGUUUGUCUCUCAUUAGUGACUGCAUCUUGUAUACUGCUGCUCCUUCUAAUGUGACCCAGAGAAAUCUACGUGUCAGUAAACACUGCUCACUUUCCCGCCUAAACUCCAUCAUCAGGGGACUGUUUUUCACGUUUUCAAUAUCCAGGGAUGUUUUCUUUGUUGGAGGCAUGCUGCUCUCAAGUGUGUACAUUGUGAUUCUCUUGUCCAGGCUUCAGAGGCAGUGCCAGCACCUUGCCAGCAUCAGCCUCUCCUCAAGAGUCUCCCCAGAGAGAAGGGCUACCCAAACCAUCCUGCUGUUGGCAAGUUUUUUUGUGGUCAUGUACUAGGUGGGCGUCAUUAUCUCCUUCUCCUCCACUCUCUUAUGGGCAUAUGACACAGUCAUUCUGGAUUUCCAGAAGCUUGUGCCCAAUGUCUAUGCCACUGUCAGUGCAUUGGUGCUAAUAAGUUCUGAUAAAAAGAUAGAAAAUGUGUUUCGAAUGUGUGGGAAAAUUACAAUCAAGUUAUAA